GAUUCUUACAUCUCUGAUUUUUACACAACAACUUUUUGUAAGAACAUUAUUUUUGUUUGCAAAAUGAUUAUACAAACUAUAAAAACUGCAGUUUUGAGAACAACACGGCUACCGCUGUUCUCACAAUCGUUAAUUAGUCGACAGGAGUUCUCCGUGACAGCAACACAAUUCAGUAAAGCGUAUGACCACGAUGGUAAAACGCGGGUUUCCAUUUUUAACACCGAAACCAAUAAUGGCCUUAUGGUCACCGGCUACAGUCAAUAUGGAUUUCGACUCAACAACGAUAUGGUAUUGAUUGGACCCAUUUCAGUUUUCCCUAGAUCGGUACUUUCUUGGAAUGUCAACUCCUUUGAAGACAUCAACGAACAAAGUCUUAGUCUCUUUCCGACGUUAGAGCCGAAGAUUGAUAUAUUGGUCAUUGGCAUUGGAGAUCAAGCUCCCACAGCGAGUUUGUCCAAGCGAGUGAUAGAAUUUAUGAAGAAAUACAAAAUAAAUGUGGAAGUUCUUCGCACAGAACAGGCUUGCGCAACAUUUAAUUUCUUAAAUGCGGAGGGUAGAAUGGUGGCAUGUGCUCUUAUUCCACCUGUGCACAUUUCUUACAACGAAAACGAUGUGCUGCAAACGAAGUUGAGACAUAAACAGCUUUAUGAGACAGAUUGAAAUAGAAUGCGUUGAAUAGAUAGUACAUAUGAUUACUAGUAGUUUGUACAUUGACAAAUAGAAAAUGAUAUAUAUUUGUAAUAUUAUAUUUAUGUAGCUGCAA